UUAUAAAUACCUUUGCAACCACUCCCCAACGCUCACGAAAAGAGAGAACAAAAAUACCCAUCUUUGCAGUUUAGCUUUCCCUUGUAUAAGCUUUGCUUAAAAAAGCAAACAAAAAUGGCAGCAAGAGAGACAUUCAAUGUCACAGCAGCGUCGCCUUCCACGAUUCCACACUCGCCAUGGCAUUCACCAGUUCCCUACUUGUUCGGCGGCUUGGCUGCCAUGCUUGGUCUCAUAGCCUUUGCGCUCCUCAUACUUGCUUGUUCUUAUUGGAAACUGUCAGGGUACCUUGAGAAUGGCGAGAGAGGUGAAGGGGACAGAGACUUGGAAGCAGGAGAUAAGACCCAGAAAGGAGGAGCUCCUGUUAUGGAACAAAAGUUUCUUGUGAUAAUGGCAGGCGAAGUAAAGCCAACGUUCUUGGCCACCCCCAUUUCUUCUAGCAGGUCUUCUUCUUUCGGCGAUAAGAGCUGUUGCUGUGGUGAAAAGGGUGAGAAAUUGGAGGAGGAGACUACUAGUGGUGAUGCUGAGGAUCAGCAUCAGCAACCCCCGACUCAGGAGACUCAACACCAUUGAAUUUCCAGGUGAUGUGCUGAGGCGGAUGGUGGGUUUGGUUCCGUAAAAGAGAGCUCCAGGUUUUGCUUUUUUGAGAGAAAUCAUUGUCUGGAAAUUACAAAGUCAUCCUUAAUUUUAUGCGUUCCUGACUUGGUUUGCUGAGUUUUGGAUAAUGGAAUGGUAAAGGGAUUAUCCAUCUUUACUGCCAAAUUCUGCAGGACUUGCACCAAUGGCCACUUAUGCUUUUAAAAUGUACAAAAUCAAGCUCCAAAUUGGAUCCGUUAAUUUAUGUAUAUGUACUGUACUUUGUAAUAAAUUUAUGUAAAUUAAUAUUAGUUACAUUAAAAUUUUAGAUAAUAAUAAAAUAAAUGCAUUAGACA